CCCACACUGUGACCCGGAAGUGGACGUGCAGUGGCGCGAAGCUUGUUUGUGUGAGGGGUUCGUGGCGCCCCCUGGCCUGAUCCCGGGGCCCCUGCGCCCUGACACUGCCCGGCAUGGACGAGUACGAGCUGUACGGGGUUGAGGAUGACUUCGAGAGCCAGUUCGCCUCGGAGCUGGAGGUGCUGGCCGAGCUGGAAGAUGACGUGCCCUGCCGUCCCGGACCCAGAACCUCCCAGCUGCGCUGCAAGCUUUCGUUUGAAGAGGCCAUAUCCGCGGCAGAUGAUGUGAGGAGCGCCGGUCCGGGGAAAAAUGCCCACGAAAAAAAUGGCGACACAGACGUGAGCAGGUCUAAGAAGAGAGAUGCCAGCUUCCUGCGCCUUUCAGAGGAGGACGAGCUCUCUGACAGCUUCCUGGAGCCCCCGAUCACUCCCAAGCACAAGCGCCCGAGAAUGGAAGCUGUUAAAAAGCUGGAUUUUGGGCAAGAAAGGGCAGAGAAUAUUAACGCAACUAGUGAUGACAUCACGCCGCCUCCUUCACCUGACUGCACCAAAAAGAACACGGAAAGAGACUCAAAGUUUCCGAAGUGGGACCCCCUGGAAGUCAGCGACAUGGCCCCUUUGCAAGUGACCCCCACCGAAACGGAGCAGAAGCGGGUGCUGAAGAGACCUCCCAUCUUCGAGGAAUACAUUCACGUGACAUCCAGCGACGGAGCCCGGGUCUACAUGACGCUAAGGGAGGACGGCACGGGGUCGCAGCAAAUCUCCAAACAUGCGGGGUUUAGCUGGAAUGGAGACCAGCAGCUGCAUCUCUUGGGUGUUCCUUUUUCCUACCUGAAGGAGCAAGUUGCAGAUGAGCAACGGCGGAAGGUUUUGGAGGAAUCCCAGAAUCUUACCGAGAUGCUGAACAGCCAAAUUGAGGACUUUGCUGAGGCUGAUAGCGAGACUAUGGAUCUUGCCAUCGCUGCAGCCGAUGAGGAAGAUGAGGAGGAAGGUGCAUCUUCUCACUGUCUGUGGGUCGACCGCUUUACCCCCAGGCAUUACACAGAGCUUCUCAGUGAUGACUUUACAAACCGCUGCCUCCUGAAGUGGCUGAAACUGUGGGACAAGGUGGUAUUUGCGAAAGAAAAAGCGUUGAAGAAACCCAAGGCCGCUCCAGAAGCACAUUCUAAUUUCAAGUUUCAGAAGGAGCAGCAGACCAAGUUCAAGACUAAAGCCCAGAUCACAGAAGAGAUCCUAGAAGCUGAACUGGAUCAGCAUAAUCGGCCCAAAAACAAGGUUGCCUUGCUUUGUGGCCCUCCCGGUCUCGGAAAGACAACUUUGGCACAUGUUAUCGCAAAGCAUGCUGGGUACAACGUGGUGGAAAUGAAUGCCAGUGACGACCGAAGCCCGGAGAUCUUUAAAACCCGGAUAGAGGCUGCAACUCAGAUGAAGUCUGUUUUAGGCGUCAACGAGAGACCAAACUGUCUGAUCAUAGAUGAAAUUGAUGGCGCCCCGACGCCUGCCAUCGCCAUGUUGCUGAGUUUGAUCAACAGGAAAGAUGGCAAGGAGACGGAGUCUGGAAGCGAGCUGACUGGAGGGAAGAAGAAGAAGAAAGAUGGAGGCCUCCUCCUCAGACCCAUCAUCUGUAUCUGCAACGACCAGUACGUUCCAUCGUUACGGCAGCUGAGACAGCAAGCCUUCAUGCUGAAUUUUCCUCAGACGUUGCCCUCCAGGCUCGUGCAGAGAUUAUACGAGAUCACGAUAAAGCAGGGAAUGAAGGCAGACACGGGCGCGCUCAUGGCUUUAUGCGACAAGACGGACAAUGACAUUCGAUCCUGUAUAAAUACAUUGCAGUUCCUACACGGACGAGGGAAAAAAGAGCUUAGCAUGCGAACGGUUCAGACCAUGAAAGUCGGCCUGAAAGAUCAGAAUAAAGGCUUGUUUUCUGUCUGGCAGGAGAUUUUCCAGCUCCCCAAAGUCCAAAGGAAGCGGAUCGGUCAAGACGUUAUCUCUGCAGACCUCCAGAACUUUCUGGGAGCGUUCAACGAAUCUCUUGGGCAAAGCAAGGCCCCCCUCAGUGCUUUAGCUCAGAGGUUUCACCAUAUUCUGCACCUCAGCAUGUCUACGGGGGAAUACGAGAAGCUUACUAUGGGUUUGUACGACAACUUCCUAAACAUGAAAGUGAAGGAAUCGAACUUCGGCACCGUGUGCUUGGCUCUGGACUGGUUGGAGUUCACAGACAUCGUGAACACGACUAUAAUGCACGGGCAGAACUUCCAGCUCAUGCGAUACCUACCGUUCCUACCUGUCGCCUUCCACCUCCUGUUUGCGGCAUCGAAUGUCCCACGCAUUGCCUACCCCAACAGCCACUACGAGGCCCAGUCCAGGUUAAAUCAAAUGCAGAACCUUCUGACCGCCAUGAUGUCUGAAAUAUCCCCGAGUAUCCGGGCACGGGUUGUACCGCAGUCUUUGGUGCUGGACGCGCUCUGUCUUCUUCUGGAUGUCAUUUCUCCGAAGCUCAGGCCGGUGAACACGCAACUGUACAGCCUUAAAGAGAAGCAGCAGCUGGCGGACCUGAUUAGCACCAUGCUGGCGUAUAACCUGACGUACCAGCAGGAGCGCACCAUGGACGGCCAGUACAUCUACAAGCUGGACCCGAACGUCGAGGACGUCUGCAGGUUUCCCGAUCUGCCGCUCCGCAAACCGCUGACUUACCAAGCCAAGCAGCUCAUAUCCCGCGAGAUCGAGCUGGAGAAGAUGCGGAGGACGGAAGCCUUCCAGCAGGCGAGGAAUCUGGGCAGGGUGAACGCUACCAGCAAAGACGAUGGAAAGGCUAAAAGUGCUGUAAAACCCGCUCCGUUAAACCACGAACAGCGCCUGGAAAACAUCAUGAAAAAGAGCUCGUUUGAGGAGAGGCCCGAGAAAGAUUUCUUCGGUCGCCAGAUCGUUAAGAAAGUGGCCCCUGUGGUCGCGGCUAAUCCAGACCAGGAAAGUCCUGUGGAGAUGCGCAUCGGGAAGGCGGUGGGAAGCAGCGAUGUCUGGUUUCGCUUUAAUGAAGGUGUUUCUAAUGCCGUGCGGCGGAAUAUAUACAUUAAAGACAUGCUGUAAUAACAGACACCCCCUCUGACUUCAUGGCCCAGGUCAUGCCGCUAGCAGGCAGAGUCUCCGCGAACUACAAGGUCCAGAUGGCUGAGGGUUAUGGGAGUUUAAGAUCUGAAGCUGCAUAUGGUUACCCUCCUCAAAUGUCAGCCGAGCACAUUGUCUGUUCAAUCUGAGCGUCUGCGGGAAUUUGUACAAAUAUAUAUAUUGUUAUAUAUGUGGUUUUGCUACUUUUUGUAGCAAAGGUUUCACUAAAAAAAGUUGUGCAUUUUUUUUGUUCUAUUGAUUGUUUUCU